AUGGCUUCCCGAUUUGUCGCUGGCAAUCUAAACCUGCAAAAACGCGCCCCGAGCCCAGGUCAGCCAAUUGUUCGCGCUGAUCGUGUCGAAGCUCAACGCUUGAAGGUGUCGCCUGGCAAGAAGUCCUACUCCGUAGCUCCUCCUGCCCAAGCUGUUUAUAAGCAAUUGCUCCCUAGUACUGCGCCUGCUCCUGGAUAUGCUUCCAACCAGUACGGUGACCGCAACACAUCCCCGAACCAACAGUACCAGUUUGAGGACUAUGGCCUGCAAACCAAUGGCUUCCGGGGGGUUGCUGCUCCCGGAAGGGAUGCACUCGAUGACAUUACUGUGGACUCGGAGUUCGACGUUACUAAGAGCGAGAUUUCCCCUGGAUAUGAAGAAGAAUUCGUCAACAACCAGGAUGCAAACUCAGAUGGAGACGGGUAUGACGAGGAUGAAUAUCAACGGAAUGAUACUGCCUAUCAGGUUACAAGAGGAACUCUAGCGCAUACCCUUCAUCACAAGCAGACAAUGCAUAAUCAACCGUCGAACGGCCAGUUUACACAGACAGUGCUCACUGUACCACAAGCCCCUAUGAUCACCGGACGUUUCGACGAGAAUCACCAGGCACAACUGAGCCGCCAAGCCCGACAGAUCGAGGACCUUCAAUUUCGCAGCGGCCAAGGCGAGCCGUUCGUAGCGCUACGUGACCAGGGCCCCAAGAAACGAAACCAUUCGGGCGAUGAAGUUCGUGGAUUUAAGCAAAACCCGCGCCACGAUGAUUCUGAAGACGAUGAUCUAGAAUCUCCUGAAGAUGUGCAAGUUUUACAACAACGCGCUGGCUCUCCGAAAGGCAGUCAGAACACAGAGAAAGCGGCUUCCGGUCCCAAGCCAAGCCCCAGCCGUGCUCGUAAAUCUCGCACAAUUCCGCAUUCUCAACCUCCAAGCUCUCAGUAUCAAGAGGACCAAACAUUCAUAACCAGUCCGGACUACAAGGACGAUAAACUAAAGACCAUGAAAUAUAAGGACCUCGAGAACGAAGAUAUGGAGAUGGACCCUCAUGCGGAAGCAUUUAUCUUCCCAGUGGAAUUGAGGGAGCCUGAUGUUACAUUUGAACAACGUCUCAAAUACUAUGUCGACGCACCUGAGAAGGACCAAAGCUCGUUCUACGUGAGUCUGACUAACGAGGAAUGGGAGAAGGCGGGAGAUUGGUUCAUCGAACAGUUCUCCAACCUCUUGAACGAGAUCAAGACCAACAGACAAAAGAAGCGAGGAGUUGCUGCCAAGUACGAGCAGGAGGUCAAGACCAGAGAGAGACUUGUGCGUGCUCACGCCAACAAGUACGACAAGAAACUGGAUGGAAUGGCUGGCAUCGGGCAGCAAUUGCUACGGGACAAGACGGUAUAA